AUGGCGUCGGCUCAGGUGCUGCCGAACAACUCUGCUUCGUCUCGGAAGCAAGAGCAUCUGGAAGCUGGCAAGCGUCGGUAUUAUUGUUUUCCUUUUUACGAUAAGCUAAAGAUGGAUGCUCUUGUGUAUGCUUUUGUGGCCUUUAUGCUGUGUGGUUGUGCUUUUGGAAGAGAAUGCACGAACACUCCGACUCAAUCGCAUACGUUGCGAUAUGAAUUAGGGGUAUCAAAGAAUGAGACAUGGAAGAAAGAAGUGAUGGCUCAUUAUCAUGUAACACCGACUGAUGAUUCAGCUUGGGCGGACUUGUUACCAAGGAAGUUCUUAUCAGAAGAACAUCAAUGUGGUUGGAGUGUUAUGUAUAGGAAUAUUAAGAAUUUGGGUGUGUUUAAGCCACCUGUUGGAUUUCUCAAGGAAGUUCCUAAUUUGGAGUAUUUGUUGAUGUUGGAUGUUGAUAGGUUGAUUUGGAGCUUCAGGAAGACGGCUGGAUUACCGACUCCGGGUAAACUGUAUGGUGGAUGGGAGACUUUUGAUGAGGAACUCAGAGGACAUUUUGUUGGGCAUUACUUGAGUGCAUCGGCUCUAAUGUGGGCGAGCACAAAAAACGAUAGUCUGAAGGAGAAAAUGUCGGCUCUUGUUACCGGUCUAUCAGCUUGUCAGGAGAAAAUCGGAACAGGCUAUCUAUCUUCAUUUCCUGAUGAGUUUUUUGAUCGAUUUGAAGUUGUUCAAUUUGUUUGGGCUCCCUAUUACACCAUUCACAAGAUCAUGGAUGUUUUAUUGGAUCAACAUGUUAAAGCUGGGAAUCCUCAAGCUCUAAAAAUGUUGACAUGGAUGGUUGAUUACUUUUACAGUAGAGUGAUGAAUGUAAUAGCAAAGUACACUGUACAUAGACACUAUGAUUCACUGAAUGAGGAAACUGGAGGAAUGAAUGACGUCCUUUACAAAUUAUAUAGCAUAACGUGCUUCACUAGUGAGAUCAUUUUGGUGCACCGAGGAAAAUGUAGCUUCACAACCAAGGCAAAUAUAGCUGAUGAAGCCGGUGCUUCAGCCAUUAUCAUUAUAAACAAUCGUACAGAACUUUUCAAGAUGGUUUGUGAGGUAAAUGAAACUGAUGUGGAUAUUGGAAUUCCUGCUGUUAUGCUUCCACAAGAUGCUGGAUUAAACUUGGAAAGACACAUACACAAUAAAUUGAUGGUGGCCAUACAGUUAUAUUCUCCAUUGCGUCCAUUGGUUGAUGUUGCGGAAGUGUUUCUAUGGCUUAUGGCUGUUGGUACCAUUUUAUGUGCUUCUUAUUGGUCUGCUUGGACUGCGAGAGAAGCUGUUAUUGAGCAAGACAAGCUUUUAAAGGUUACCGAGUUUUCUCUGUAAAGGAAUAUUUGUGCUCAUAUUUAUGAAUUCGUUAAUUCGGUUACUGAUAUAUGGAUGACUUUUGAGCUUGCAAGAUGCUUCAGAAGAAUAUACUGCAGAAAGUGUUGGUUCUCGUGGUUACGUGGAAAUCAGUACCACAGCAGCGAUUUUAUUCGUUGUGCUUGCUUCUUGUUUCUUGGUUAUGCUGUACAAACUAAUGUCGUUCUGAUUUGUUGAAGUUCUGGUGGUUCUAUUUUGCAUUGGUGGGA